AUGCUUGACCCGAUUGAUUUCCUCGCGCUUCAAUCGAUUCGAAAAGGCUUAUCCGAUCUGCCCGGCUCUAAUUACUUCUCCUCCUGGGAUUUCACCGCCGAUCCCUGUAAUUUUGCCGGCGUCUAUUGCGACGGCGACAGGGUGGUCGCGCUCAAUCUCGGCGACCCGCGUGCCGGCUCGCCCGGGUUGACUGGAAGGCUCGACUCGGGUAUCGGCAGGCUAUCCGCCCUGUCGGAGCUGACGGUUGUCCCCGGUCGGGUUUUCGGGCAGCUUCCCCACACUCUGUCCCAACUGAAGUACCUGCGGUUUCUGGCCAUCAGCCGGAACUUCAUCUCCGGCGGGAUCCCGGAGGGUCUCUCCCAGCUUCGGAUGCUGCAGACUCUCGACCUCAGCUUUAACCAGCUCACCGGCGGCAUUCCCCACGGCGUCGCCGCUCUGCCGGCGCUCUCCAACGUCAUCCUCUGCCACAACCGCCUCGCCGGCACCGUCCCCCCUUUCACCUCCAGAAUAUUAACCCGGCUCGAUCUGAAGCACAACGACCUAUCCGGCCCGAUCCCCCCGAACGGGCUCCCGCCGUCUCUCCAGUACCUCUCCCUGUCGUGGAACCGGCUUUCCGGACCCGUCGACCGGCUGCUCUCCCGCCUGAACCGGCUGAACUACGUCGACCUAAGCCUGAACCAGUUCACCGGCUGCAUCCCGGGAAACAUAUUCACUUUCCCGAUCAGCAACCUCCAGCUUCAGAGGAACCAGUUCUCCGGCGGGGUCUUACCCGUUGACCAGGUGAUGAUCCCAACCGUCGAUCUGAGCCACAACCGCCUCUCCGGAGAGAUAUCGCCGCUUUUUUCGACGGUCCAGACUCUUUACCUCAACAACAACCGGUUCACGGGGCAGGUGCCGGGAAGCUUCGUCGACCGGCUACUAUCCGCGAGUUUCCAGCUUCUGUACCUGCAGCAUAAUUAUCUGACCGGGAUCGAGAUUAAUCCGACGGCGGAGAUUCCCCUGAGCACGUCGUUGUGUCUGCAGUACAACUGUAUGGUGCUGCCGGUGGAGACGCCGUGCCCGUUGAAAGCCGGCAAGCAGAAAACAAGGCCGACGGCGCAAUGCAUAGCGUGGAAAGGGUAA